AUGGACUUAAGUCGAGGAUGGGCUGCUCAGGUUCAUGAUGGUGGUGAUUGGUCCAUCACUUGUCCCAACCUGACCUCUCUACACCACGUCCACCAGCCGUCCGCGUCCUCCAGCCCUCCCCGUCCUCCAGCCCUCCACGUCCUCCAGCCUUCCCCGUCCUCCAGCCCUCCCCGUCCUCCAACCCUCCCCGUCCUCCAGCCCUCCCCGUCCUCCAGCCCUCCCCGUCCUCCAACCCUCCACGUCCCCCAGCCCUCCCCAUCCUCCAGCGCUCCCCGUCCUCCAGUCCUCCACGUCCUCCAGUCCUCCAGCCCUCCACGUCCUUCAGCCCUCCCGUCCUCCAGUCCUCCACGUCCCCCAGGUCCUCCAGCCCUCCAACCAUCCACGUUCCCCAGCCCUCCCGUCCUCCAACGCUCCCCGUCCUCCAACGCUCCACGUCCUCCAGCCCUCCCCGUCCUCCAGCGCUCCUCGUCCUCCAGCCCUCCCCGUCCUUCACGUCCUCCAGUCCUCCACGUCCUCCAGUCCUCGUCCUGCAGCCCUCUUCGUCCGCCACCUCUCCACAUCCUCCAUUCUCCCCGUCCUCCAGCCCUCUUCGCCCUCCACGUCCUCCAGCCCUCCACGUCCUCUAGCACUCCACGUCCCCCAGCCCUCCUCGUCCUCCAACCCUCCUCGUCCUCCAGCCCUCCUCGUCCUCCCGCCCUCCACGUCCUUCCAGUCCUCCACGUCCCCCAGCCCUCCACGUCCUCCAGCCCUCCCCGUCCCACAGCCCUCCACGUCCCCCAGCCCUCCACGUCCUCCAGCCCUCCUCGUCCUCCAGUCCUCCACGUCCUCCAGCCCUCCCGUCCCCCAGCCCUACUCGUCCUCCAGUCCUCCACGUCCCCCAGCCCUCCCGUCCUCCUCGUCCUCCAACCCUCCACGUCCUCCAGCCCUCCACGUCCUAAGGCAGAAGGUAAGGACCUCCUCGACGCUCAAGCGUCACCUUUACCUGCGAUGCUUAUAUUUCAGGAUUAA